UUAUUAUCAUCUUCCUCUCAAUCUUGCAAGGAUAAGAUUGCAAUGGGCUAAACUCCACACUCUCCACUGAGUAAAGUGCCCCAAACCAACCAAAUAAUCUGAACACCCCAAACGUCUCUCAUUAGCCAAUCUCAUUACAUGACCCAUCACCAUUCACCCCCAACACCUAUAUUCACCAAUCCACAUUCCACACUGCUGCGUCUUUCCUUCUUCUGCUGCUGCUUCUUUUGCUUGACUUUUUUAAUACCUUUCAAUUAUUUUGGUUAUUAUUGAGUUGGUUGAAGAUUCCAAAAUACUCUUCCCACACUGAUUAAACCUUACGGAGGGAGGAGACUAAGAGGAGACACCCAUGUUGCUAAGGUGAUCUUGAGAUUCCAAUAUGAGAGAAGUGCCUAAACAGACAGUGAUGGCUAUAAAGUCUUACCAAAACCAGGCUCAGUUGUUGGUUAAGAACUACUUAUUUGCAGAUCCCUUCAUUCCAUACACUUCCAUCCUUGGUGGCAUUCUUGCUUGCAAAGUGGCAUAUGAUCUUACCCAGUUAAUCAGCAAUUUUUACAGCAAGACUUACCCUGGUCUUACUAAAAUUCAACGAGUAGAGUGGAACAAUCGUGGUAUCUCUACUGUUCAUGCCAUUUUCAUUUCUGCUUUGUCGUUGUACUUGGUUUUCUGGUCGAAUCUCUUUUCUGAUGAACUUGCUGGUCUUCUUGUCUUCCGAAGCUCACCACUUUCUACUUUUGGAUUAGGGGUUUCUGUUGGAUACUUCGUUUCGGAUCUUGCAAUGAUUUUAUGGCUAUAUCCCUCUUUAGGUGGAAUAGAAUAUGUUAUUCAUCACAGUCUUUCAGGAAUUGCAGUGGCGUAUUCAAUGUUUACUGGCGAAGCACAGCUUUAUACAUACAUGGUUCUUAUAUCUGAGGUGACAACACCGGAGAUUAACAUAAGAUGGUAUCUUGAUACAGCUGGUAUGAAGAGGUCCACUGCAUAUCUCAUUAAUGGAAUUGUCAUCUUUUUGGCUUGGCUGGUUGCAAGAGUUCUGCUAUUCGGCUACAUGUUCUACCAUGUGUACUUGCAUUAUACACAGGUGAUCAAGAUGCAUAUCUUUGGCUAUAUCUUGGUUUUCGGUGUGCCGGCAGUAUUAGCCACCAUGAACUUGAUGUGGUUUGGGAAGAUUAUUAAAGGUGUGCUGAAGACUUUAGCAAAGAGGCAGUGAUGAAAUAUCGCCAGUGAAUGCCUAAUAAAUCUUCAGGUAUCGUUCUGCCCGAGACUUGUACAUUUUUCUACUACUGCUGCCAUGUAAAAAAUCAUAGAGAAAAAAGUCAAAAUCCAAGUAUUAAAGAAAAAGAAAAUCGAGUCUGAUCUGGUUUUUCCAGUUGAUGGAGAUAGAAUCGUCGUUGUAAAUUGUUCCGAUCUAAUAUAUAUUUUUGGUAAUCAUUUCUCUUGUACUGAUAUGUAUACCUACACCAUAUCUUUCAUUUACUUCUUUCAUGAGCACAUUUUACUCUCAAAAUUUGAAUUAAAGAUUGUUAUAUUUGAACA